AUGAUGCUCACAGCCAAGCAGCCAGUUCAUCACGGGUAUCGGCCUGUCCAUGACCUUCCGACGCCGCCUCGAUCCUCGCCCCCCUUGAGUGUCCAGGACUCUUUGCAGAAAUCAUUUCUUGCUCUUCCACAAAAGCAGAGCCCAACUACCAAGCCCAUGUCAGCACCUCAUCGUGGCCUGCCUCCCCCGGCAGCCAUGACCUUACCUCAACCUCCAUCUCAAGUUCCUGGUCCUCCUCAUCCACCCCCUUCAGGGCCAUCUUUACAUUCACAGGGAGCACCAAUUCCCUCUCCGCAUAGUCAAGCACUCGGCGUAUUACCACCACCACCUCAGCAACACCAAGGUUCCGAAGAGCCCUUGAGGAGUUGGCUGAUAGCCAAGGCCGAAGAGGAGAGGAGAAAACAGGAAGAGGAGAGGACGCGGCAGGAGUCAUUGCGCCUCGAACAAAGAAGGUUAGAAUACGAUAUGCUACGAACUUCUCUGGACAGAGGCAUCCCGCCACCUAUGGUGCCCGUGGUUUUCGCUGGUAUGAGCGGUGGAGCACUUCCACAAGCCAUACUCGAAUGGGCGCAACAGUACUUGGUCCCGCAGCAACAGGUACAUUCAGGACAGAUCUUGCCAGCACAGGGAGGGGUAUCACCAGAUAACCGCAGAGAAUCUCAGCAAUAUGGAGGACAACCAUACAGUGGAAUCCCGUCCACACCAGGAUCGGCAGCAGGACCGGGUGCCCAGGCAAGUUUUGUUUCUUAUCAGGGGCCUAGUUCGCCUCCGAGACAAAGGGCGCAUACAUUGAGCAUGGGUAGCGCUGUGGGAAGACCUCUGGGAGGUUCUGCUCUUCCUCGAUUAAGUACAGGCGAAGGAGCCGCCGGGCCGGCCGGCCUUCCUCACCCAGCGCAUGCAUUAGCGCAACAGUCAGCUACCGCGCCGCAAUCAGAUACACAGUCGCCCUCGAUAUACUUUCACCAUUGGCAACCACCGACCACUCAAGGAGGCUCUCAUCAGCCAGGAACGCCUUCUGGGGAAUCGCCCAAGAAACGAAAAGCCACAGGCCCACAGCAAGCAGCACCUCCACCGAGCCAAACGCGGUUUCGAUCUCCGUCUUUCGGGCAGCACGUCGGGCCGUCGACCUUGUCGAAUCCUCCACCAGGGCGCCGAAGAGGUCAUUCCCGACAAAGGAGCGAUAUCUCGUCCUAUCGACCGGCGGGGCGCGGCCGAAUUGAAGGGUUUGGGCCACACCGAGGACUUUCGCCCAGCCUUGGCGUAUCGAGGGAGGCCGGUGUGGGUGAAUUAGCGCAUCCUCGAAGUAGCGCUCACUCGGUUUCGUCGUUAUUAUCAGAUCAGCCGUCGCCACGAUACGUAUCGGAAAUGAGGUCACAGCAGGAGGCGGAAAGACGAAAUUCGCCGACAACAUCGGAUGAUAGAUCGCGUGGUGGAGUAACUGGGGUAGGACCAGCCGCAGGUGCUCCUAGUUCCGGGCGAGAAAAUGAUUAAAAUGGAGAUGGAUAUAUUUUAUCAUGUUGAUGAUAUCGGCGCGUAUUUCAGCCUUUUGAGUCCGGAUCUUUUCCAACCAUGGUCUUUGCCAAGUUCUCGAAAUGAGGAUCAAUCUUACGACAAACAAAAAAAAACCACAAACAGGCAUGAUUAUCCUGGACGUAAAAACGGGACAUGAUAAUUUCAUAAGCGAGAGGGGGGUUUUAUGGAUUUGAUUAUCCCCCCCAAAUAGGCCGCUACGAUGGUCUCGGCUGAACAAGAAAGCGGUUGCGCCAUGCCAAAGUUCCGGACAGCCAGUAUUAACAGCCGCAUCAUAAGAUUCGAUUUACGACGACCGUCUUCAAAAAAUUCACUGUAACUAAUAGCUCUCGUCUGUACUAAAAACACAAAUCAUCUAUCUGCAUACACCGGGGAAGUUGACGGUUUAAAAGCAUUCUACAGGGCGGAGAAAUGGGCUCGGGAAAGAGGAACAGGAGUUUCUGGGCACCGGACUUUUAUUAUCAUUAUCAUCAUCAUUGUUAUUUCUUCUAUCAUUUGGGAAAUACGCAUAUGAGCCUUGUAUAUUACAAUAGAUACCUUGUGAAAAAGGGAGGAUGAGGAAGGGCGUCUAAAGUCGGGGACCAGACCUGGAGCUAGUCACGCAGUGUAUUAUAACAUAUACAAUAUAUACCUACCCUAGGUACCUCAUAUAUAUAUAUAUAUAUAGCCGGGCUGAGCAAGAUGAAUAUCGAAGUCGUGUGG